AAUAGGUAAGACAAGAAGCAGAGGCAGGAGACUAAGCAAGGCCACUCGGUUUCAGUCUGUUUGUAAUGACAGACUGCAGUUCUGAUGGACCUGUGGGACGCUCAUCUGGAGUCAAUUUAAGAGACAGUGUGUUGUCUUGUGAGCUCUGGAUCUAGAGACAUGGGAAGGCAAGGAGCCUCAGAGGCUGCUUUCAUCAUAUUGAAUUACAACAUCACUAUUGUGGGGAAGAUAUGGCUGGUUCUAACGAUCUUCCUACGUAUAUCAGUCCUGUUCUUGGCUGGCUAUCCCCUUUAUCAGGAUGAGCAGGAGAGAUUUGUGUGUAACACUAUUCAGCCUGGAUGUGCCAACGUGUGUUACGAUAUAUUUGCCCCCCUCUCACUUUUCCGCUUCUGGCUGGUCCAACUUACCUCCACUAUCCUGGUUCAUGUUGUGUUUAUUGUCUAUGUGAUCCACAAAGUUUCAUCCAGCCUAGGUUAUCCUGAUGCAUCAAAUAGAAUGAGAUUUAGGUCUUUCUAUAAGAUUAAACAGGAACCUUUCCAUGAAGCAUCUCUAUCAAAGUCUAGUGUAAAAGCAGGUACAAGAAGGCUGCCUUGUUUUGCAGGAGUCUACAUAUUUCAACUUUUGGUUCGGAUAAUUCUAGAAGCUGGUUUUGGAACAGCACAUUACUAUCUGUUUGGGUUCUACACCCCAAAACGUUUCAUCUGUCAGCAUACUCCUUGCACCACCAUGGUGGACUGCUACAUAUCCAGACCCACUGAGAAGACCAUUAUGCUGAAUUUCAUGCUGGGAUUGGCUGCCCUCUCCCUCCUUCUAAGCCUGUUUGAUCUAAUCUGUGCCAGUAAGCAGUCAGGAAGGCAUAGGAGCAAGAAGAAGAUAAUGGUGGAGAACAUGUAUGAGGAGGAAGGAUACUUCCUGGCAGAAAGUGGAGCCAACGAUGUUGACUUUGGUGACCCUGAAUCUCAAGCCUUUCUGGUCAAUGGAAGCUUUCGUAAGAGAGUCAGCAAAGCCUGUGUGGGUGAUAAUGCCUCAAUGCAUUUAGAAGGUAAAGGUCAUCCAGGCAUCCCUUGUGCAGGAGUCCCUGUAGGUAUCAAUCUGGGUGUACCCAGUUCUAUCGGAGGUAACGGACCUGGUUGCUACCAAGUGGUAGGGGAAGAGGUAACAGAGCGAGAAGGCAGUGAAGUGGCACUGUGUCCAUCUGAGCCAGUAGGCACGCCAAGGUCCAUACGAGUCAACAAGCGUAGUCGCCUCAAACCUAUGCCUCCUCCUAGACGGGACAAGCCACCAAAUGAAGGGCUGUUGGAUAGUUCAGGACCAGUGACAACUUGUGAUACAAUAUCAGGACAGUACAUGUUGGGGGAUAUAAGUACUGAUAGUGACCUGAUGUCCACCGGUGGUGACGGAUAUGAAAAAAGGUCAGAAUGGGUGUGAGGGCUUGUAGUGCAAUCUUGUUAGAGGCACAUUGGGGUUGACACCAAAACAAUUUGCAUGCUAAGACAGCUGAAAAGGUUAUUUUAUUCUGAGCAACUAAUGAAAUGUCAUUAAAUAUUAAAAUCCUGAUAUCAUUGACCUUUUGAUGAGAUGGGACCUUCAAAGGCUGUCACAUUUGUUUCAAAGAAUUUAUGCAAUUAGGCAAAUUGUACAUUGAGCCUUUGAAAAGGGAAGGACCAGAAACAAAGGUCUUAAAAUGUUUGAAGACAAGGUGACUCUAGGUGGCCCUUCUGCCUUCUGUGGAAUGCUACCCUUUAAAGUUAAGCCACAACCUUCACCAUCCACCUGUUCCCUAUGUUUGUAUUAGGACCUCUGUGUGUAUUAGCUCACACGACUUCUCUAAACCGAGAUCAUCCUUGACAUGUCUUGACCUGGCUGUGUGCGUCAUUGUGAGAGGUCAUUCUAAAAGCACAUUGUGAAAUCCACAAAGGGCCUCCAAGAAUGAAACUGACAUACAGUCUCCAAAAUGAAAACGACUGGUACAACUUUCUUUCCAAAAAUUAACACUAGCAUGACUUACCAAAACGAGUGAUCGACGAUUGUGUUGUACCUACCACACAAACUGUGACCUGUUUUAGCAUUGAUGAGUGGUGUUUUCUUUUACACCAGUGAGUUUGUCUAGACGCUAAAGACCAAGAAUCCACCAGCUUGAGUGCCAGGCAUAACAAUUAGCUUCAAAGCCUGGAUUUGUAUUUAUGGAGGCGGCUUGUCACAAUAUAUUCAAAGACCCAAAGGGAUUUGAGGCUGGAACUUUAGAACACAUACAAACACUUAAAAUAGCGCGCCAUAAUCCAAUGAAACGUGAGAUCUGAUGCAACCUCACGGUACUUUUCACCUCUAAAGCUAAAUUAACUUCAGCCUGCUGCUGUUAUCCUCCUGUCUUUUGUCACACUUUUAUGUCCUCUGAUCCACGUCAGACCACUGGUUCACAAGGAGGGACUUGCUUUCAGUUUAAGUGAGACUACGUAAAUGACACCUCAAUUUCUUAUCAAUCUGAAAAUGUCUGUGCUCUAUGUAUAUGUCAAAAAUUACAUCAGAUAUUUAUCUUAAUUAAUGUUAUAAUUCAUCACAAAAGGGCCAGUAAUGAAU